AUGAUUGAUGUGAAUUUGGUUGGAAGCUUUAAUGUGAUCAAGGCUGCUUUGCCUGCCAUGAAAGCUAGGGAAGGUCUUGGACCUGCUUCCAUUUCUUGUGUCCUCUCAAGCUGGUCAGGUUCGCCUCUCAAUCUCUCUACCGCCGCAGGUGUCUACGGUUACGCUGCAUAUUCAGCAAGCAAGUUUGGGCUUCAGGGUUUAGCACAAGCAUUGCAGCAAGAAGUUAUUUCUGAUGACAUUCAUAUCACUCUUCUGUUUCCUCCUGACACGGAUACACCCGGAUUUGAAGAAGAACAGAAGAAGAGGCCAGAGCUCACUUCCAUCAUAGCCGCAUCUUCUGGUUCAAUGAAAUCCAAAAAAGUAGCCAAGAUAUGUCUUGAUGGUAUCAAAGCAGGAAAAUUCACAGUGACGUGCCAUUUCAUUGGCUUCUUGCUAUCAAUUGCGAGCAGCGGCAUGUCCCCUCAGAGAUCGGCUUGGCAUGCUUUCAUUGAAGUUAUGUUCGGUGGUCUUAUAAGACUCAUUAGCUUGUGUUUCCAAUGGGAUUGGUAUAAUACCAUAAAAAAGGUCAGCAAACAGAAAAACAAAAACACAUACUGUUUGUUUUUGGUACGAGCUAUUAUUUCUUGGGAACAAGUUUAUGAUUUGUAG